UCCUCCCCGCCCCCUGAUGCGAGACACGCACACUCUCCAGCCGGGGCAAUGCGCUCAGAUCGUGAACGCGGCGAGAACUGAAGCCGAACGCAGCAAUACGCAGCUAUGAUUUGAACUCAAGCAAAAAUAAACCGUAAAAAAAAAGUUGGAAUACCUGCUGCGUGAGAGGAAAAAAAAAUCGGUCCAGCGUGUUUAUUAUAAAGAGAAAGGGAGACAGCCUGGAGAACACGUGUUCUUAAAUAUUUUGGACCAGAUGGCAGGGAUUAUGCCUUUUUAAAUAUUGACCACUUGACACUUUUUUUUAACCAUGUUUUUUUAAAGUGGAAUACUCUCUUAUUCUAAGAAAGUGGGGGGAAACAGAGGAGAACCCAUUCUUGGUUUGAUUUCAGAGAAACUGCCGGGGCUGUGAAAAUGGCUCUUUCUCAGGUCCAGUGCUUGGACGACAACAACGUGAACUGGCGAGUGAACGAAGCCAAGCCCGAGUUCUUCUACAGCGAGGAGCAGAGACUGGCCCUGGAGGCUCUCCUGCACGGCGGACGCGAGGGUUUCCAAAAGGUGCUGGAGACGCAUAACGUCCGCAAGUUUCUGUCCAACCCGGAGUUGGAGCGGCUCGCCGGCAAUGUGCAGGACUACCAGCCCGGCGCGGAGAACGUGAAACAGGAAGGGGACGGCGAGGACGCAGCGGUGUCCCUGCAGUACUGGCCGGAGCGCUCGGACAUUGACAUUCCCGAGCUGGACAUGGGCUGGCCGGACUGCGCGUCCUACCGAGGGGUGACCCGGGCCAAUGUGUACACGCAGCCGCCCAUGGAGGGGCAGACGCACAUUAAAGAGGUGGUCAGGAAAAUGAUCGUCCAGGCGCAGAAGGUGGUCGCAGUUGUGAUGGACAUGUUCACAGACGUGGACAUUUUUAAAGACCUUCUGGACGCCAGUUUUAAGAGGAAGGUGCCCGUGUACAUCAUCCUGGAGAGCACUGGGGUUCAGCACUUCCUCGAGAUGUGCGAGAGGGCCAUGAUGCACAGGGGGCACCUCAAGAAUCUGCGAGUGCGCACCAUCGCCGGGACAGAGUUCUACACCCACUCGUCUAAGAAAGUGUGCGGGAUGUUGAGCCAGAAGUUCAUGUUUGUUGAUGGAGACCGGGCUGUGUCUGGAUCUUACAGGUGGGUUGGGGAAAGGGGGUUGAGCAGAUCUUGAAAUCUGCAGCGCAGGUUCGGAAAGACACAUCUGGACGUCCGCUAACAAGUAGGCUCCCUUACUAAAAUGACCAAUCCGCGUGAGGUUUCACAUAACUGUGUUGUACUGUAAAGCUUUCUUAUUCCUUCUGAAAUAACUGGAUCUGAAUCCUAUAGCUGUAUUAUAAUACAGAUUCUUUAGGACCCAAGACGAGCCAGAUUUGGCAUUUUUCUAAAAACUGUGAACCAGUCAGGGCUGUAUAAAUAACAGACACAAACGAAAGCAUUAUUACAGACAUGGAUGCGUAUUAAUCACUUAUUUGUAUUAUCAAAUUGUUUUUGUCCUGACAAUGUGCGUACUUUUGUGUCGGGAAGAAAACCCCAUUUUUGUGCAUGAUUCUUUGUCAUCACUACAGCACGGUAGUUGCGGAUCUCCAGAAGGUUUCUCCUGAAAAAGGCAUAAUAGUACUUAAAACAUCCAGAAUGGGGUGUACAUUAGUCACAUUGAAAAUUCUCAGAAAUGUUGUCUGCACAGCUGGAUAGAAGAUCCUGAACCUGUACAUAAUCUAAUCCGAGACGGUUCUGUCAAAAGGCAUGCAAUUCUUUGCCAGUGAGGCAUGGUGUGACUUAACAAAAACACACAAAGAUAAGUAUAAUAAGAAUCGGGUCUCCUGAGUGGCUCAUCUAGUGAAGUUGCUUGCCUAGGGAAAGAUGAGCUCUGUGAUCAGGGGUUCAAGUCUGGGUCAUGUAACUCGCCGGCAGUGACAGAUUGCCCAAGCGGUGGCGCACAAUUGGCUAAGCAGCACCAAGGGCAGCAGCCAGGGUGCUCUCAGUGGCACGCCCCCCCUGCAGGCCCCUAGACGCAAGCAUGCUAGAUGUGCUGUCGAGGAGGGACUCUCCUCUCCUCCAGUUGGCACUGAGCCUCUUUUACAGGGCGGUGCUGUGAGGCGUAGAAAGGGGAGGGGCUCGGAGGUGGGUGUGUCCAAAGGCCUGCCCGCCCUCCCUCGUUGCGUGUGGUCACGAGUUUCGUAGCCGCGAA